UGACCAUCGGACUCUUGCAUCAAGUAAUAACAUCCCUGUGAAGCGAAAAGCAUUACGUGUAAAACACCACAUGGUUUCUUCUGCAGCACUCUUCACCUCAACCUACUUUUCUACUUCCACCACCACAGCUACCUUUGGGGUUGCAGCACGUAGAAAGCCUAGGGUACCUUUGUUAUUUCAAUAUCCUUCUAGGGAAACUAAAGAGUCAAAACAUGAUGCACUCAUCAUUCAGAUGAUCAACAAUGGUCAUUCAUGGGCUGACAUUGAAGCCGUCGCAGGCGACACAGCAUUUGAUCGCUACUACAGUGUGUUAGACCCUGUCCUGAAGAAUCUUUGGACGCCAAACGCUAUAGAACGCCUUAAUACGGUCGUACGGGACCAUGCCGCUGAAUUACUUGAAGAGGCAGCUUCUGAAGCUAUUCGAAUAGGCACAAAAGCAGCAAAAGCAAAAGUAAAGGCAGCAGCACUACCCUUACUCACCUCAACAACCACUGACUCUAGUCCAAGUUUUAGUAUUGAAGACGAUACCAAUGCUGAUACCAAUAUUGAUACCAACAUCGAAGACAAAUUGUUAUGGUGGGAUUGCAUUGCUCGUGGCGUCAAUUCAACAGCCAACACCUGCUUAUAUAUUUGGUCAACAUUCGGUGACGGGCGGCCAUUGCCUGAAGACGAAGUAGAAGAAGAGAGAAAGCGCAUCCAGAAGAUACGGGAGCAAACACAGCGGCGUAUUCAGAUAGAGAUCAAUACGGCCCGGAAGCUAUUCGAAAGAGAAAUUGCCGCCCGUACCAAGGCAGAGAAGGAAGAGCAGGAAUGGUUGGAUGCAAUUCGUCUUGCAGCUGAUAAAAAAGAGCAACGAAAGUUACAGGCGGCUCGCCAUGCAGCCGAAAUAAAAGAAAAACAAAGAUUAUUUGCUGCACAUCUUGUGGCUACGAAGAAGGGACAAGAGCAACUACCUACCGCCCGUAUUACUCCUGAAAAGAAGAAAGGAGAACAGCUACUCGUUGCUAUGAGCGAUCGAAGAAAACAACUAAUGCAGCUCUCUGGGACGGAGCAGGGAACUGAAAAUGGAAAUGAAGGAAAAAGUGAAGGUUCUAUUGAUGAACUGCUCAAAGCACGGACCCGACUACAGACAGCAAGGAAAUCAGUGGCCCGGCUGUUAAAGCAAACUCAGGCAAUAACGCGAGAGGACCGUGAUGCAGACGUAGAAGCAGUAGCUAAACCGGACGCACGAAUAGAAAGACAUGUAGGGUCUUAUGCAGACAUGAGGGCUAUAUUAGCAGCAAGAGCAGCGGCAGCGACAGCAGAAAUGAUAGCACUGCAAGGUGAUAAGAGCCGUCAACUUAGCGCAGCAACGCUUAUAGGAACUAUUGAGUCUAUGAAACAGAAGGAAGAAUUGAUGGCAAAAACAGUAGUUCCUUUGGAAAUAACUGGCACCCAUCAUCAUCAUUCUAAUGAUGGCGACAGUAGAUAUAGCGCAAACGAGAAAAAUACUAGCAGGAAUAGCAGCCAUAGGAAAACCAACCGCAACAACAGCGUUAGCGAUAACAGUAUUAAUAACAACGGUUGUAAUGAUAGUAACACUAGGAACAAGAGCAUCAAGAUCCAUUCUAGGAGCAGUAGUAACAGCAGAAGAAGUUCGAUACCAGCGCUUUCAUUAUCACCCGGCAGUAUCAGUCCACCUCUCUCAGACCACUCCCCUAUAGUGGAGCACCAACGAUCCUCAUCGCGAAUCAACAUAUCAUUCAGACAUCUGCUAAAGAAAAAGAAACCAUUACCAUCAUCGUCAAAUAUUGUUGCUGCUGCUGCUGCUGCUGCUGCUACGACUGCGACCACUGUCAUUACAGGGGAACCGAAAGAGAAUGAUAAAGCAAUGUCCUUGCACUCCUCGGCCCAGACGAAAAAAAGAGUAGGAAAACUGACGCAGGUCCAAAAAAAGGUUCGAAAGCUUGUGCAAACCAAAAUUAAACAAAAACAAGAGCGGAAGCAGCGAAUUGAAAAGCUCAUAGACGGUGUGAGGGCCAACAAGAGAGAUCUUAACUUCAACUUGGUAAUGGGAAAUGAAAACGAGAUGGAAUCCAGUGAGGAGGAUGAAAAGAGCAUAGAUCCAAGCAACGGAUCUGAGGAUGUUGAGCCCUAUAAGCCGUCUAGUGUAAUACCAAAUUACGAAAAGAUGGCUAUUCUUCAGGAAGAAUUGCCUGCUCAAAAACGUCGAAAAAGGAACAGCCAUGACUCUUCGGAUAACUUUAUGGUGGAUGGAAUGUCAACUGAAGCAAUGGAGAAAGAAGUAACUAGUAUGAGUACUCAGCUAAUAUUCAAUGACUCAAUAUAUCGCGCUUCUACACCGUCAUCGUCAUCCACGUUAUCACCUCCACCAUCAUCAGUAUCAUUAACACCGUCAAUGUCACCAGUAUUGAGCAACAGCUAUUGCAAAUCGAGUUUGACUGAUCAAAAUCAAGGAGUUGGAGCAAAAUACCACUCGUCAUCCAAGUCAUGGAUUGAGGCGCAGCGCACUCUAAGUUCACUCUCAGAUGUCGAUGUGGAUAAAAGCUUUGGUCAUCGCCAUCAAGGGCCCUCAGAUGAGUGCAACGUGGCUCAGAAGCAGCAGGAACAGUCCCAGCAACACGAGUACUCCAUUGAUACUCAUACAGCCCAGACUACGGCGUGUUUAAAGUCAGAAUCUCAUCAAAUACAGUAUAGAUCAUCACAUACGAUCAUAUUAGCUACCGCGGCAGCAGCAGCAACAACAAAAUUCAAGCUUGUACCGACUCCUAAUACAUCAACAUCCUCUAGGGCCUCCGAUCCUAAUCCUAGUGCCAAUCUUGGUGCCACUAACUCAAAGUCUAAUCAGAAUCUCAACCCCAAUAAUGUCUCUAAUCGUAAGCCUAAUCCUAAUUCCAUUCUUAAUAUCGAUACCAAUCCUGGCCCCAGUUCGAAUCUUUACCUACAACCGCAACAGCAGCCUAUUUUUACAGCAGAGGACGUCUUUAAGAUUUGGGAUGUUCGACAGCAAGUUGGCGACAACUGGGAAUAUAUUUCCGAACGCGCACUAGGAGGCAAACAUUCUGCACAAGCUUGUCGUGCCUUCGUGAUGGGAGAAUAGCUUUCUUAGAUAAUAGGGUAAUGGAGGAGACGGGAAAGACAUUGACAGCAUCUUGCUGUGCCGUUCAUUAUUAAUACUAUUGUUAUUAUUAUUCCUUCUUACUCUCCCUCUUCUCCCGUGUACAUUUUUUAUGGAGUCUCCCAUAAAAAGAAUGGCUUCAUUAACGUUAUCGGUUGGCUGAUUUGAUUUAAACAGAUGAU